CUACGUCAGUGAAAGACUACACUAUCCGGCAUGCAGUAGCGCAGAGAAUAACCUGACUUCGCGGGAAGAAAGAUCCCGGCUGACUGGCUGCUGAACGCACGACCGGAACGUCAUGGAAGAGACGGGCGCCGAUUCUCGCUCUCUUAAAGCUGGCAUCCUGUCCGAACUGAGCACCAUCCUCGCCAGCACCCAGAACCUGUGAGUCUGCACCUCCAGUAAGAUGCCGCCUUGCAGUUCCACAGUUCCCCCGUCCUCGGUCGUCUUUGCUGUCUGGAAACGUCCUUAAAGUGUUCUAAAAGCUGAAUGUUUUGCUCGUGCCUGGGUUCACCCGGUACGUUUCAGAGUGGAGGAGCUGCAGAGGUUGGUGGCUCUGACUGACCCGGACAGCGGAAAGUUGCUGCAGUCGCAAGAACAGGCGGUGAGCUCUCUGGGUGUUUGGAAGUCCCUGUUCGCAGCCGUUGAGGCACACACUGACAUCUAGACCAUGUGCGAGAAGGAAGACGGGAGCGAUAUGUCGGACGUAGUGACCAGCAAAUCUCCCGACAGCGACGCCGUCGUCCUCUCGGACACGGUGUCCCUGAGCGACUCCGACCCUGAGGAUUCCGUGCCCCACUUCGAUCCGGAAGUGGUCUCCUCCUCCAGCGGCGACUCUUCGGACGAGGGCGACCCGGCUGCCCCGGGACGUCCCGAGCCCGCCGGGCCCCGCGGGCCCUUCUUCCAGCUGAAGGGCACGAGCACGGGAUUCUCCUCCCGCAGCCAGAGCAUUUUCGACUGCCUGGAGAGCGCCGCCAAGCUGGCCAUGCCCUCCCUGGGAGACGACAACCUCAUCGACCGGACCUUCGUGCGCCCGCUGCCGCCGGCCAGCAGGAAGAGGGACGGCGGCGAAGACGCCCCCAAGGCGAGAAGCAAGACGCCCCCCGACUCUUCGUCUUCCAAGGCCGUGCCGGAUUACCUGGUGAACCCGGAGCGCUGGACCAAGUACAGCCUGGAAGACGUGCCGGAGACCAGCAGCGCGAAAAACGCCGCUGUGGCCCAGGAGUACAUAGAAACCCUGCAGCAGAGGAGGAAGCGGAGCUGGGCGGUGGACAACCAGGAGCCCUUCACUCCGGCAUUCAACCAGGACCACUCCAGCAGCUCCGGCUGCAGGAUCGUCUUUUCCAAACCCGGCCGGCCGCUGGAUGCUCCCGGGAAUCCCGAGGGGCAGGGGGGAGGAGACGACGCGCCGGGAGCCGAGGAGGCGCCUGGAAGGGGGAGACGUGGCCCGUUGGGGGAGAAGGAGGGCGGGGGGAAGAAGGAAUUCGGGUUGCUCCACCUGGAAGAGCCCGAGGAAGAGGAGAACGACGCCGGCCAGGAAAGGAUGGCCAAGCCCAGAGAAAGGGCGAGGAAGAGGAAGUGGGCCGGGGAGGACCGUGGGGACAAAGCCGAGGCACUGGUGGCCGCGGUGGGAUUCAACGCCAGCCGGAAGGUGAAUCGGAAGAACUUCCGGAAGACUGUGGGGAGAGACGAGGAAGACUGACGAAGACGUCGGUCACAAUAACUUGUGUGUGGAGCUGUUGGUAAAGUUAUUCUGCUUUUUCGUUUUAGGUGUAGCUUGUUUUUAAUAUUUACCAAGAUCCUGCACAAUUUUCAACCCCCUAAAAGUAACAGAUUUCUUCCAGUAGUUCAAGAUUUUUUUUUUUUGCAAUAGAGUGACAUGAAAUUGUGACAAAACGUAGAACUGCGGUGUCUUUUUCGUAGUGUUCCACCAGAAAUUCUCCUCCUGCUGCGACUUCUUUUGUCUUGCUCUGUUGUAGCGGAAGACGUUUUUGAGUUUAUCCUGCGCGUUUCCCAGCAAGCACGUUUCAGGUUCUUUCCUGUAUAGGCUGGGCUGUGUGAAAAUAUUCCCCUGGACGGGCCCAGACAGAUUGUCCGUGUCUGGUCAGUAAUUAUCACCUCCUUCCUGGGGGACAGAGCCGUUCCGCCUUUCGGAUCGAGCUGUCCUAUUGUGUAUUUGAUCCCUUUGUGACUUUUUUUUUUUCCUUGCAGUGAUUUUCGAGUAGCGGUGACAAAACUGUAAAAACGAACCUCUCAGCAAUACUUGCAUUUAAGCUGUACAGAAACCCAGUGUCCAGGUGAAUAGCAGUUCUUAACUGAAGUAGAAUUUCUCUGUAUGUUUCAGAUCACGUGUGAUGUACUUUGAUAGGUGAACGCCAAUAAAAUAUACCCUUUGUUCACAGUCA